CAGCCCAAACUGGACCCAGCAGCCCAAGCUCGUCCAGCGAACAAAAACCAACAGCAAACGGCAUGAAGCAGAUAGUCCCAAGCACAACAGCUGCAACAAGCAUCAAGCAGACAAGCCCAAGCUCGUGAAGCAUAACAAAAACAGAGAUCCUUCAAUAAGCAGCACAACCCAGCAGCAACAAGCAUCAAGCAGACAGCCCAGGCUCAUGAAGCAGAACAAAAACAAAGAACCUUCAACAAGUAGACAGGCCCAAGCACAACCCAGUAGCACAAAAAACAGAGCAACACAGCAGCAACCAGACACAUAA